AUGACUGUCGAAUAUCCUCAAGCCAAUGGAGCCUCGCAACCUAGUCGCUUUUCAGGCUACGAUCAUUUACGAUUUACUGUAACGAAUGCAAAGCAAGCGGCAUCGUAUUAUUGUACUCGCUUUGGUUUCAAGCAUGUUGCCUACUGUGGUCUUGAAACAGGUAGUCGUGAUAUGGCAGCACAUGUGGUACGCUGUGGCAACGCUACACUUGUUUUUGAAUGUCCCCUUCAGCCGGGCGCGACACCAGAAUACGUUCAAGACAUUAUCAAGCGCGGUGACGGAGUGAAAGAUGUGGCUUUUACUGUCAAUGAUUGCCGUAAAGUCUACGAACAAGCAAUUGCUCGUGGCGCUAAAUCAAUUCGGGCACCUGAAGUACUGGAAGAUGAAAAUGGACGAGUUGUCAUCUCCACUAUUGCUACGUAUGGUGAUGUGUAUCACACGCUUGUUGAGCGCCACAAAUAUAGAGGGGUUUUCCUGCCAGGAUAUCAAGAUCCUGCAACCUCCUUACGCUAUGUUGAUCCCCUCGAUGAUAUAUUACCACCAGUGCCGUUAGGCUACAUUGAUCACGUGGUUGGCAGUCAGCCUGAAAACAUGAUGCUCGAUGCCACUGAUUAUUACGAAAAAGUUCUUGGUUUCCAUCGCUUUUGGUCUGUUGAUGACAAGGAUAUUUGUACGGAAUAUAGUGCGAUGCGAUCUAUUGUCAUGACGGAUCCAUCGCAAAAGAUCAUGGUUCCGAUCAACGAGCCAGCAUCAGGCAAAAAGAAAUCAUCCAUUCAAGAAUUUGUCGAUUUUUACGGUGGAGCAGGCGUGCAGCAUAUCGCUAUCCAUACCAAUGAUAUCAUUUCUGCUGUCAGCAAUUUGCGCAAACGUGGAUGUGGGUUCUUGCGUGUGCCGGAUACUUACUAUACAGCAUUACGUACAGCCAUAGCCAAGCACAACAAGACGGCUAACCAACCCAUCGAUGAGGACUUGGAUGCUCUGCAAAAACAGAAUAUUUUGAUUGAUUAUGAUGAAAAUGGCUACCUUAUGCAAAUCUUUACCCGACCGGUAGAGGACCGUCCCACCUUAUUCUUUGAGGUCAUUCAGCGCCGGAAUUUUGAUGGCUUUGGUGCCGGUAACUUUAAGAGCUUGUUUGAAGCACUGGAAAAGGAGCAAGCAUCGCGAGGUAACCUGACCAAUAUGGUUGUGGCAGACGAACCUAUGAAUACGGCCGCUUAA